AUGUCGUCGUCGUCGUCCACCGCCGCUGCUGCUGUCCUCGACGCUGAGCUCCUCGACGGUCACACCGCCGCCUCGAUCUUUGUCGACAAGAACCAGGGCCAGGCCUACACGUACGACGACCUGAUCCUCAUGCCCGGCCACAUUGACUUUGGCGUCGACGCGGUGCAGCUCGAGACCAAAGUGUCGCGCCGCCUGUCGCUGCACCUGCCGCUCGUGUCGUCGCCCAUGGACACUGUCACGGAGCACGCGAUGGCCAUUGGCAUGGCGCUGCACGGCGGCAUUGGCAUCAUCCACUACAACAUGACAGUCGACGAGCAAGUGAAGGAGGUGCGCCUGGUCAAGAAGUUCAAGAACGGCUUUAUCAGUGACCCCAAGUGCCUCUCGCCCGAAGACACGCUCGCGGACGUGGACCGCAUCAAGGCCGAGUUUGGCUUUGCCGGCAUUCCCAUUACCGAGAAGGGGACCGUUGGCAGUGUCCUCGUUGGCAUUGUGAGCAAUCGCGACAUUGACUUUGUCGAAGACCGGCAGACAAAACUCCGGGAAGUCAUGUCGAGGGACCUCGUGACAGCGCCCGAAGGUGUGUCGCUCAAGGAAGCGAACCGCAUCUUGCGCGAGAGCAAGAAGGGCAAACUGCCCAUUGUCAAUGCCAACGGGGAGUUCGUCUCGCUCAUUUCGCGCCGCGAUCUCGUGAAGAACCGCGACUUUCCACACGCGUCCAAGGAUGCGAACAAGCAGUUGCUGGUGGGCGCUGCUAUUGGCACGCGUCCCAACGACCGCGAGCGCUGUACGGCGCUGGUCAAAGCCGGUGUGAACCUCAUUGUGAUUGACUCGUCGCAGGGCGACUCGACGUUCCAAGUGGACUUGAUCAAGUGGAUCAAGGCCACGUACCCGGACAUUGACGUCAUUGGCGGCAACGUCGUGACCCGCUUGCAGUGCAAGCGUCUGAUUGACGCCGGGGCGGACGGACUCAAGGUCGGCAUGGGCGUUGGCUCGAUCUGCACGACGCAAGAGGUGUGUGCCGUCGGCCGCGCGCAAGCCAGUGCCGUGUACAACACGGCUCGCUACGCCCGUCAAUUCGGCGUACCGGUCAUUGCCGAUGGCGGGAUUGCGAGCUCGGGGCACAUUGUCAAAGCACUGGCCGUCGGGGCUUCGGCUGUCAUGUGCGGCUCACUCUUUGCAGGGACCGAAGAGUCCCCUGGCCAGUACUUUUUCCAGGACGGGGUCCGUCUUAAGAAGUACCGCGGCAUGGGCUCGGUGGAAGCCAUGAUGCAGGGCUCGUCGAAGCGCUACUUUGCGACCCACGCGACGGUCAAAGUCGCGCAAGGCGUGAGUGGCUCGGUCGUGGACAAGGGCUCGCUCAUGAAGUACGUGCCGUACCUGCAGCAGGGGAUCAAGCACGGCCUGCAGGACCUGGGGCAAGCCAAUCUGAGUGCAAUGCACAAUGCGCUGUACAGUGGGGAGCUGCGCUUUGAGUUGCGCACGCCAGCAGCGCAGCGGGAGGGGAACGUGCACUCGCUGCAUACGUAUGAGAAGCGUCUGUACUGA